UAAAGGCCUUCAAUCUCAGUCUGCGACAGUGCGAAGAGUCUGUGGGGAAUUUUGAAAGAAGUGGACGCAUUUUAUCAACUUUGUUCUACUUUCAUACGCCAUAAAUUGACAUAAUGACCGGCAGGGUGAUUAUAGUGACUGGAGCCAACUCGGGGAUUGGUUACGAGACAGCCAAAUUUCUGUGUAAUGGUGGCAAUGAGGUGAUCUUGGCGUGUCGCAAUGAAGAAAAAGGAAAGGCAGCUGUUGGGAAGAUUCUUGAAUCUAAUCCAAAUGCAUUGGCUUCUUUCAUGCAGCUUGAUCUUGCUGAGUUGGCCUCCGUGAGGAAGUUUGUGGAUGAUUUUCAUGCCGGUGGGAGGAAGUUGUAUGCUCUUGUGAAUAAUGCUGGGGUGUUCCUGGAUAAGAGGUCACCGCGACAGUUCACAAAGGACAACUUUGAACUGACUCUUGGGACUAACCAUUUAGGCCAUUUUCUCCUGACAAACUUGCUGCUUGGAGAUCUGGAGAGUACAGCCACUGAGAUUGGCGAUGCGAGGAUUGUGGUUCUCACGUCCAUGCUGCAUGAUAGAAAUCUCAAGAAGAAAAUGAGAAAUAUAACACCAUUCGAUAUUGAUGACAUUUUCCUGGCUGGUGAAGGAAAGUACAGUGCCGAAAAUGCCUACAAGAAUUCCAAGUUGGCGAACAUAUUGUUCACGUAUGAGCUUGCCAAACAGUUGCAGGAUAGGGGAGUGACAGCCAACUGUAUUUGUCCAGGUUUCAUCCCAUCAACCAAUUUAAGCCGUAACGCAACGGCUUCCUCUAGAUUCUUUGUCCGAUACAUCCUGGGUGGCCUGUUUCGCUUCACGAAGAUAACACAGUCACUGGAGCAAGGUGCCAGGGCUGUGGUGGAGAUGGUCACUGACGAGAAGUAUAAAGGAGUGAAUGGAAAGUACUUUAAGAACCACGCCGAAGCUCAGUCGUCGGAUGAAUCGAUGGAUGAAGAACUGCGUGUCAAGUUGUGGGAGCUGAGUGCGCGAUACUGCCACCUGAAAGGCUAUGAACCACUUGAUGCUGAAAUACCACCGCCUGCAGAGAAGAAGGAAGACCCUAAAGAUGUUUCGGAUACCACUGAGAAAGUGGAAGAGAAAGCUGAUGCCUCAGACAAAGCAAAAACAGAAGAAGAAAAGACUGAAAAGGAAAAAGAUAUGGAAAAGGAUGAAAAAGAUGAAAAGACUGAAAAGCAGGAGGAGGAGAAGAAAGAAGAAGAAACUGUAAAAGCUGAAGAGAAAAGUGAUAUUAAAGAAAACGUGGAACAAACGGAAGUGAAGAAGGACGAUGUUACAGAUGAGAAGGGGAGCGAAGAGAAGACCACCGUAGCCGAUGUUGAACCUGUGCAGACUGAAGCUGCCAAGUAGACAGUGAUGUAGCAGCAAGAUGCUCCACUGGAGGGAAGCAUGAUGUUCUUAAAAAUGUCGACUGUUUUCGUAUCAAUAUUGACGCUUACGCUUAGGUCUGAAAAUUGCCGAUUUUGCCAUGUAUCUCACUACACCUCUGUUUAAGGACCCUAUGUUCACAACUUGUACACAUAUUGACAGAAUGUUUAUAGCUAUGUCUGUUUAAAGCGGCACAAAAUCAGUUUGUCUUACCAAGAGUGACAUCCAUUUUUAUCCCUAAAAUACAUAUAUAAUACCAUUUGUGAAAUUAAAUCUUUUUGUCCUAGAACUAUUUCAGGUCCAUGUUCAAGAUAGUUUGUGGGUUGUGCAUGGUAGCAGAAUGUAAACUUUGCAAAUUACUUGAUUAUAGCUUCCAAGCCUUUUUGAAAGGCUGUGAGGGGAGGGAUGUGUCCAGGGAAGAGUGUUUCAUAACUCAUUGCCCAAUAUCAUUAUCUUUAUAUGAAUCAAUUUUUUUUCCAAAAAUGUGAACCUGGUGUGCUGAUGCAUAUGUACGUGAAUUUCUGCCUAAAUCGGGCUAAUAUUUUAAUAGUAAAAGUAUGUGACCUGCAGUGUAGAGAUGUGUUUUAGAAACAAUUUAAGAACACCUAUUUGUUUUGAUAAUUAUGUUUUUUUUAUGAAUAUAUACUUGUUUUGUAGUAUGUAGAUAUUGCUGCAUGUAAAACACUGUCUAAUCCUUUUUAUAAAAAAUUAGAACAGUCUGUGUAUAUAUACAUAUACUAGUGUUGUAGUUAGUGUCUUUUCUUUUUUCUAGAUUUCUUACAUCUUCAAGCUUGUAUCAUUGAAGCAUAAAUGUAACCUAGGUACACGGUUCACGCUAGGAGUCAAUUUGGGUGAAAUAGUUGCCAUAACUAUGCCAUGUUUAAGCACAAGAGUGAAAUGUAUUUGACCUUCAGUUUCACAUAAUUGUUAUUAUAUCAUCAUUACUAUGGUCAUAGCAAAAACAGGCUACAAAUAUGUGUUUGCCAAAUGAUUGAUACAUACUUUUUUCUUUGAAUCAAAAGAUGAAACUGUUCCUGAAAAUCUUAAGUGGGUUUUUUAAAUCUUGAAAAUACUACAUCCUAUCGUUAUAUUUAAAGCAAUGUUUUUAAAACAGGUGUACCCUGUAUGAGUAUAAAUUAUGUUAACAGCAUUUUAAAGAACUAUAAUGAGGUUUUUUUUUGUUAUUAUAAAAAAAAGAAAUUAGUUUAUAUUUCUUUUAUUACAGCUUUUGUGCCUUUUCACGUGUAAGAUUGAAUAUUACACCAAUUUUAUUGAAUUGUUUAUUAUAUAUUUUAUAUAGUUCCUACAAUACGUUAUUUCAUUGCAUGUGUUUAGUUGCAGAUUAUACAAGUAAUAACACUAUUAAGUAAAUUAUUAGAUACAAUUUGUAGAAAGAAAUGAAGUUGUCAAUCUUGCCAGUAUAAAUGUAGUAAUCAGUCUUACCAUAUACAUGUAUUGUUCUGUAAGACACUAAAACUGUCCCAUUUUUCAGAUUUCAGUAUUUAUGGUACUUUUUACUCAAAUUUUAUUGCCCUUUUUUUUUUUGUCCCUUGUGUUUAGAUGCUACAUGUAUGUUUGUAAAGGAUGCCUUGUGUCAAAUUUGUUUAUCGGCCAAAUCAGAGGGAGAGAAAUAAAAACAUAUUUUGUGAAGUGCUGAGAAAUCUUUUAGUACAAAAUGUUUUAAUCAAAUUGACAUGUCACAAUCACAUUGUUUAUUCUUACAAUGAAAGUAAGGGGAAUAAGACAAUUCUGUUUCAUAAAUUGUGUACAGAACAAAUUGUGAUUAUUAGAAAAUGUGUGUAAAAUUGUAAAAUAUUUUUCAGAUACCGCUGAAAGUUUCCAAAACAAUACAAAUGUCUUCUUUUGCUGUAGUCCGUCACAGCUACACACAAAAUCUUUAUAAACUGCAAUGUUGCAAGAUGUUUACGGCCAUGUUUGAUUUCUGCUAAAAAAAUAGACUACCCUGGGGAAAUUAUUUCAGAUGAAUUUGGUGGGUUUCAAUGAUUUUAAUAUUAGUAUUAUAGUGGGUAGAUUGACUUAAAUUUAGAUUGGAAAUGAGGGGCUUCCAUUAAAGAGCAUAUUCUGCCAUCAGUGGCCCAGGAAGAUGCAACACUGGUUAGCACACAAAAGAGGUAAACCAGAUAAAAAUAAAUAUUCAGUUAAAACAGCCAUGCAGUCUUUGUUAUUUGGUGACCAAAUAAUCAUAAUGUAAAUUGUUCGAUAUAUAUCUUAAUGUGAAAAAAAAGAUUUGUGAUUGUCACUUUUUUUUGUUUUAUGCUUUUUUUAUGCAUGAAACUAAUAGUGCUUUGAACUACAAGAUGUACACAUUCAGAUACAUCAUUAUCUCAACAUCGAGGUCAAGAAAUUGUCCCCUGGCUGGCAUAAUUUACACCAACAACUAUUAUGUUUAUCUCAAAACCACUGUUAUAUGUAACUGGUUGUUGGCUUGGUCUCAUACACAUUUAGGUAAUAAAAUUUAUUGUAUGACUGUAUAAUUUGUGUCACUAGAGGUACAUUCGCAUGAUAAUCAGUUUAUUUUACUUCAUUUGUACAUUACAUGUGAUGUCAUUUUUGGAAAACGUUUCUCCUUUAUAAAACUAAAUAUUAAUCAAAAUUAUCACCCAACAUGUUUUUUGCUUAUUGCACACAAUUUGUUAAAAUUCCUGAAAUGAAAACUCUUAUGAUGACGUUUUGCUAUUUAAAAAUUGAACUGAUAAUUUUUAACAUGCAUGCAAGUAUGAAUCCCAGAUCAGCUUUACACACUGUAUGAAUCGCCUUGUGUGUUUAACACGACGUCGUUCGUACAUAAGAGUGUAAAGUGGUUCUGAUGUUCAUACAUCAAUGAAUGUAACAAAUUAUCUCGUUCAGUUUUUAUAAUUUCAAGUUGAAUGAGUAUAAAAUACUGUCAAUUAACAAUCAAAUUCUUUCCUGAGAAAAUUAAUUAAUGACAUAAGAGGGAUCCCCAUUUAAUGGUUCGGCAUUUUCCUUCGGUUGCCGAAUGAGAGAAAUCCCACUUUAAACAAACAAAUGGUGAGGUAUAAUUUUGAUUAAUAUUUUAGUUCUAAUUCUUUUAUUUCUUAAGUAUACUUUGAUGUUUGUGCAAUACUCAGUUUAGAAAAACAAAUAUGGUGCUUUUCGUUAACUACACUAAAUAUGAUUAUUGGAGAGGUGCAAUAAAUGUAAUCUGGUUUAGAUCAUUGUGCUUUAAUACAGGCUGGAUUUCAGUAUAAUAAAUAUACUAAAUCUUGUAUGUCUUUAAAUCAGUAGGUAUAGUGUGAUCCACGGCUUGCCUAUUCAGAAAUACAAGUUACUCACCUUUGAUAAUGUUUCAAGAAAAUACCCACAGUUUAAUAAAGAAUAAAUUGACUAAACCAAACACCUUUUAAAGUACUUAAAGGUGCUAUGUCAAAGUUGCAAUAAUGGCGGUUCCCGCCAAAAAUAUUUAUGAAGAUUAAAUACGACUUGAUUUAAUUUUUGGCUCAGGAUUUAGAUGGAAUAUUUUCCAAUUUGCAUGCAAAUCUAGUAGAACAAACAUUUUUGUGUGCCUUGACACUGAUAUUAUGCUUAAAUUAGCAUUAUCAACGUUCAGAUCUGCAGUUUUAGUAAAUUUUAAUUGUCUAAACGGCCCUCUACAUUUCAUAUUACCUGUAUCAAAAUACAAGUAGGCAUCAUCUGGCUCCUAGGUGGAGAAGUUAACUAGAGGACUACUAAAUUAUAAUGGAAAACAUAUGUUAAACAAAACUAUUCUUGUUUGUUAAUUGUUCAAAUGGUCUGCAUGUGGUUGGGAAUAUUCUGUCUGAAAUGUUUAAUCGCUUUUUUUUUUUUAAAAAGACAUAAAUCUAGUGCUUUGAUUUGUUAUUAAAGUUUGGCAUAAUUUGACAAAUGAUUGUAUUAAAGGAGAUUCAACUAAACAUUAUAUUAUUAAUAUUACAUAUGAAUUGCUAGUUGAUGUUUUGUAGAAUUAUUGUUGAAAAGAUAUUUAUAAAUACAUGUAUGAAGAAAACAAAAAUGUCAAAAUAUUACGUAUGUAUAUAAUGGUCUAACUUUGGUAGUGGUACUUUAAGCACAUUUACUUUAAAAAAAAAAAAAAUUAUUAUGUUAAGCACUGGAUUAAGUAUUGUGGUUGUAUUUUGAAUAUAUUUUUGUACUUUUGGUCUGUAACUAUAUAUUUUUUUAUUCGCUUUGUAAAACUUCAUAACUUGCUUGUAUUUUGUAUUGUGAAAUUGAUUCAAAGAAUCAUUGGUGUGAAUAAUGUUUAACAUUUUGUGGAAACAUUGCUUCUAAAUGUGCCUUGUUUGCUAUGCAUUCAUGUUUUGGCUCAUCACGCUCAAAAGUUAUAUUUUUGUCCCUUUUACAUUUUUUCAAGCUAUGUAAUUCAUUUUGUUACUGGUGCUACUUAUCUGUUUUUAUUUUGUCUGUCAAAUUUGUUCCUUUUCCAAAGAUCUGAAUUAUAUUUUACAAACAUUUAUCCCUUUAUAUUUAAAAGAAGAAGAAGAAAAAGAUCAAAAUUAAGGUAACUUAAAUUUGAAAGCAGUAUAUUUGCUUAACUAUAUAUGUUUAAUAUGUUGCUUUUUAUACUCUAAUGGCCAGUAUAAUAUUAUGUAGAUGAUGUUCCAUGUCAAUUUUUAUCAGUUAUUUUUACACUUCUUAAAGAUAUAUUCUACAAAUACAGGGUCCUGAUAGGAUGAGAUUUUAAUUUAACUAAUUAUCAAAUCUCGUAAAAUUAAAAUCUCUGCAUCUUUUGUGAAUCACAUUUGAGCGCCAUCUUUUCAUCCAGCUCUGUAAUCACAAUGUCAAUUUCUUUCUGUUCGUUUUAUGUACAUCCCAAGACAUGAUUAUUUUUGUCAUCUGUUCCAGAUUUUUGACUUCCCCACAAGUGGUGCUGUGUUUGUCUGGACACUUUACAGUGCUUAACCAGACCAAAAAAUACUUUUAGCAGUUUGUGUUAAUUUUGUUUGUAAAUGUGCAGCUAGACUUUAUUUGCACUUAGUACAACAAAGUGUAACAAAGUUUAGGAACAUUAAACAUACUAUUAGCUUAACCAAAUUGAACAUGAAACUUAAUUGUUUUUAUUCUACAGUUGCAACAGUUUAUUUGUUUAAGUAUUUUGUUUAAACACAAAAAUAAUUUUGGUAACUUAAUACAAAAUUGGGUGGUGGGGUGGGUGGUGGACAGGCAUUGAAACGUCUAUAUGACAUUAUGAAAAUCAUUCCUUGGUAGUGCAUAGUAGCUUUAUAACACAAGGAAUAUCUGAUAAAAUACUUGUAAAUCAUUGUGCAUUUCUCAUGUUCAAUGAUUUAUAAUAAUACUCAUUUCGAUGAACUUUUAAAAACUGAUGAUACAUUUAUAGGCUUUCCCACAGGGAACGCCUUUUUUUCGUACUAUGGAAUUUACUACAAGUUAUUUAUUUCUGAGCUGAUUAAUUUUUAAAUUGCACACAAAAAUAGUAUUUUUUUGUUUAUUUUCAAAACACUUAUACUUUUCUUAAGUGAAACCAAACUGAAAUUAUUGACCAAAAAAAACAUUUUUAUAGGAGGAUUGGACAGACUAUAGGUACAGAUUCAUCCUUGGAACAUUAAUUUUUAUAAACCAGAAACCUAUUACAGUUAGCUACAAAUUCAGAAAUGUUCCUUUAAUUGCUGUCCAUCUAAUGCGAUUUUGUUGGUCACAUAUAACUGUAUCAGUAUUGUAAUCUCUACAUAAAACUGUGUAUUAAGAAGUUAAGAACCAGUGUAAUGUAGUUAAAUGCUCAAUGUUAAGUACUUAAUAUUUCUAUUUAAAUUUGUUUGUAUAUUCUAGGCUGCUUUGUCUAUUUAAUCACAUUUUACUUUUAUCAGUAUUAGUAAUGAACCUUCUUGUUUUCAGUGUAUUUUUAAAUGGUAUUAUGCAUGCUGAUGUCUCCAGUUACUCACUCACACUUAGUCAUGGGAGAUUGGAAUCAUCUUUUUUUUUUUUUCAAGAUGUCUCAAAUGUUUUUCAUGUUUAUUAAAUUUUUAUAUAAGUAAAAGAAACUGUCCUAAGUUUGCUUCCAUUGCUAACAUGUUUCUGACUACCAAAGACUUUUUCUUAUUUAAAAUGUCGGUGUCUGUACUUUCAGUUUUUAUGUCUGAUCGUCAUAAUUUAUUUAGUACCUCAGACUUCCAUUUUAUUUUGUAAUAUAUCAUUUUUCUUAUAUAUGAAAUUAUUGAGCGGUAAACUCCAGGUUAGGCACUGACAGAAAUAUUUGAAGGACAAAAACACACAUUCUAGACUAUAUAACAUGAAAUUUGAUUGGCUAAUCAAAUCCAUUUGAGGUAGUAAAACCAGUAUAACCUGUUGGAAAGAGCCUAUUUACAUAUUUAUAUACUACUUCUCGCUGCUUAGUUAGACGUACUUAGCCUACUUUUAAAAUGCCAACGUUCAAUCUUUUUCUGAAGCAAAAUUCAUGCUCCUCUAUAUUUUAUGAUGUAAAUGCUGUUUAUAAAUGUUUGUAUGAUGUCACAUGUAUGACGCUGACAGGAAUGCGGAAUUAAGUAAAUGCAACUACAUGUAUGCCAAAUGUUAUUAAUAUACAUUAUCGAACACCAGUUGUCAUGAUGAGUAUUCAGCAUAACUGAAAUCGGUAAUAAUGGCUGGUAUUAUCGUUAAUCAAAUACAAAAUCAAUAUUAGGAGCAACAGUAAAUGCAUAUUUUUUUAUAUGGCUUGCUCUAUAAUUAUUUUAUAAGGCAGAUUGAUUUUAAACAAGAAAAUACAUUUAUUGAAUUAGAAUUCCAUGGCAUAACCAUGUUGUAUUGGACCAUUUGAGGACGUUAAUGCUAGUAUUACCAUCACAAAUAUCUGCGUCGCUGGUAAAAUUAACGUCCGCAAAUGAUCAAAUACAACAUAGUUAUCCCCUGAUUGGAUAUACAGAUAUUGAUAAUCUAAAUGUAUUUGUAAUGUAUAAUUCUAGUCGUUGAAGAAGCUUCAUUAGUCGGAAACCUGUUACGAUGGCUGCGAAUUCAGAAGUGUCUUUGACUUCUUUUAUGUCUGUUAUGCCUGCUCAUUAUUAAUAAAGAGUAGGCUGAUUUAACGUCAUGAGGCUUGUGUUAAUGGUGAAUACUUAAAGAGCACUGAGCUUAGGAAGUUCUAGUUCAUAAGUUAACACACAAAAUAACAUUACCACUUGAGCAAAAAAUGUGUAACCACAAAUACAUGCAUUUACAUUACAUUGUGGUUGUAAAAUUGGCUUUUGGAUAAAUCAUAUUAUAAAACACCAUUUCAGUUGUCAAAAACGGCUAUAAUAGUAAAAGAUACGCCUUAGUUUCUAAAAACUAGGGUAUAUCCCUUUAAAAGUUCAAGUUCUUUUUGUAUUUUGUGUUUGGUGACUACCUGAUUAAUGUAUUCCUUGUAAGACCAUCAGACGGAAUGUGUUCUUGGUCUCCAGAGUCAUACAUUUGAACCUGUUUAGACACUGCUUUGCCUCUGUGAUGUGUUAGGCCCUCAAUCCAUGCCUUUUUACCCCCACUACAGCCACCUCAGGUGGAAAUUUGCAGUGUUGUGAGCUCAUUAUUAUAAAAUAUGUAUUCUUUUUUCUUUUAAGUACAUCUUGAUAUUAUUGCAUUAUUAUAAUAAAAGUGGGUUUUGUUUUAUUAUUAUUAUUAUUAUUAUUUCAGGCUACUAAUAAAAAUUAAAUGUAUCAAUAGUGAUUGCAUUACUGUAUAUUUUAUUCAUUAAACAAAAUAUAUAUUUGACUAACAUUUUAAGUUUCAUUUCUUUAUUCUAUUAUUCCCAGUAUAAAAUGACACACUAUCAUAACGCUUCUAUUACUGUAUUUAAUAUUAAAUUUGUAUUAUUUACUAUUGAUUACAAUUAUGUAACUUCUUACCUCAGACUGGUAACACAUGCAAAAAACAAUAGAAUCAAAUUUGCAGAGCAAAAAACAAUACAAUCAAAGUUGCAUAGCAAAAACCAAUAGAAUCGAAGUUGCAAUUUGACGAAUCUUGGUAUCUUUCCAAUCAAUGUCAGAGCCUGAUAAUUGAUGAAUAUAUGCAUGUAAUUGUUAGCACCAAUGGUGUGUUAAAAAUAUUUUAAAUACAAAUACAAUAUAGUGCAAUACAGAUCUAGUCACCCCGUUUGAAAAUUAUGGCUUUUUAAUCAUUUGUUUGUUAAAAGGUGCUCUGAUGUAACAUUAGAAGUAUGAAAUUAAUGGCAUUAUUACUCAUAUUAGAUUUACAUUUCAACAGCUGCUUAACUAGUUUAUGUUAUUAAAAUGUUAUACUCUCUUUGUUUCAAGAAUGUUCAGUAUUGAUUGAUAAAUGGCUGGGGUUUUUCUUUUAAUGUUUUGUUAAACAUACUAUAUACAUGUAUGAUUUGGAUAUGGAGUGACUGAGGGAUUGUUGCACCUCACCACCACUUGACUGUUUUGUUUCAUUUUAAAACCAAACCUAGAUUCGGUAAAUAAACCACUUUUUUAACACAAUAUAUAUGCAUUAUUAAAAAAUGAUCAACUAUAUUAAUAUUUUUCAGAAUAUUGUUCCUUAAAAUUUGAGAUACGCGUUUUAUAAAAAUCAAAUAAAAUAUUUCAAAGAAUAACUUGGAAGUAUAAAUUGGUAAACUCAAUUUCUUUUAAAUAAAACAUUAACAAAAUUACUUUGUUUUUUUCUCUUUUUUUCAUAUUCAGUUUGAUGCCAAAUUAAUGACUGUUACAAUUUGAUACUAUUUUUGAUUCCAGUUGCAUCAAAAUUUGUAGAUAUAUUUUAUUUUUUAUCAAGUGAUUUAAUUUUUGUAUGAACCAACCAGAAUGUGUUUUUUUUUUAUAGGCUUGCCCUAGACGUCUGGUUUACAUCUAGUAUACAGAUUUGGUUAUGUUUAGAUUUUUGCUUACUAAAAUAUAAAGACCAAAACAUAUUCUGUAAGACUUUAAAUGUCUGUAUUUAUAAUAAGAAUCACAUGCUUUUUUAUUAUUGUAUUGUAAUGCAUUCCAUUGUGAAAAAAAAAAAAUCAGUCUUGUGAAGUUGUGAGAAUGCUGUUUAAAAUAAAAAUAAAGUAGUUAG